CAGCGGUGGUGGAGUUAAAAACCAAAACUAAAUCUAUUUCCUCCUACAGCUACAGCUACCCUAAUCCCCAAUCUCGCUCUCCUCAUUCAAAAGACAAAACCUCACAACUCCAUCCCCGAGAGAACUCGAUUAUUGGGGUUUACAUUAACGAACUCAUCUGUCACGCAACUAUUAAGCUUGGGAGACGAUCGUGAAUGGCUUCAGAAUCUCAAGCUAAUGCUGCUCGUAAAGUGGUAGUUCACCUAAGAGCCACUGGUGACGCUCCGAUCCUCAAGCAAUCCAAGUUCAAAAUUGGUGGGACAGACAAGUUUGCCAAAGUUAUUGAUUUUCUUCGCCGCCAACUUCACAGGGAGACAUUGUUUGUGUAUAUUAAUAGUGCCUUCUCUCCUAACCCGGAUGAACUGGUGAAUGAUCUAUAUAAUAAUUUUGGUUUUGAUGGCAAACUGGUAGUUAAUUAUGCUUCUUCAAUGGCAUGGGGCUAAUUUUGAUCUAUACUAUGGCGUUGUGUAUGGAGCCGCAAGUGUCUAAGUGAUGUUCGUGGUUUCAAGAUUGAAGUAAGGCUUCUUAUCAAUUUGUACAUAUUCAGUAGGGCUUCCUAUCAAUCUGUACAUAUUCUGAGAAAAACAGAGCUAGAUAUUACUGUCAAAACUUUGGGUCAAGAUUAAUGUAUAGACAGGUAGACUACUGUGUGAAAGUUUGUUUUGCAGCUAAUCUUUUUCGUUCCAUACACUUCUGAUAGCUCUUUACUUUUAGUCAAAGGCAUUAAAUUCACCUUUAACUGGUCUUUAAUUUGCUAUAUUUAACCUGUGGUUGCUUUUCACUUCUA